AUGACGCUCACAAGUACGUCCCAAGCGCAAGGAACGGGCGCUUGCCAACUUCUCGACGCACCCACUUCCGCCCAUCGCACUCCCUUACGCCCAUCGCCCUCCCUCCCGCCGUCGCCCUACCUUAUGCUCGUCGCCCUCCAUAGGGCUCGUCGCCCUCCCUUCCGCCCGUCGCACUCCCUAGCGCUCGUCGCAUCCCCUUCCGCCCGUCGCUCUCACUUCCGCCCGACGCUCUCCCUUCCGCCCGUCGCUCUCCCUUCCAAACGCCGCUCUCCCUUCCGCACGCCGCUCUCCCUUCCGCCCGUAACCUUUCCGUUCGUCUCGUCGCCCUUCCUCCCGCUCGUCCCGUCGCAAUCCCCGUCUCCUUCUCUCCCCGUCGCCCUCGCCAUCCCUCCCCUCUCUCCCCGGCAUCUGCCCCCGUACCCCCCAUCCCAUUCCCUGCUUCCCCUCAUCCCCUUCCCUGCUCCCCCCCAUCUCAUUCCCUGCUUCCGCCCAUCCCGUUCCCUGCUUCCCCCCAUCCCCUUUCCUGCUUCUUCCAGUCCCCUUCCCUACUUCCCCCCAUACCAUUCCCUGCUUCCGCCCAUCCCCAUCCCAGCUUCCCCUCCAUCCCGUUCCCUGCUCCCCUCCAUCCCGUUCCCUGCUUCCCCCCAUCCCCUUCCCUGCUUCCCCCAAUCCCCUUCCCUGCUUCCCCCCAUCCAGUUCCCUGCUUCCCCCCAUCCCAUUCCCGUCUUCCCCCCAUCCCGUUCCCAGCUUCCCCCUAUCCCGUUCCCUGCUUCCCCUCAUCCCCUUCCCUGCUCCCCCCCAUCCCCUUCCCUGCUUCCCCCCAUCCCCUUCCCUGCUUCCCCCCACCCCAUUCCCUGCUUCCCCCCAUUCCGUUCCCACCAUCAGAGAGGUGAGCGCCACACACCAGGUGAGGCUUCACUUUCUCCAUAUGCCCCUCCUUUCCCUCGAUCUCACCCUCUUCCUCCUCCUUCCCAUGUCCCUUCCCAUGUACCCCUCCCCAUCGUCCCUUCCCUACUUCCCCCCAUCCCCUUCCCUACUUCCCCUCAUCCCCUUCCCUGCUUCCCCCCAUCCCCUUCCCAGCUUCCCCCAAUCCCCUUCCCUGCUUCCCCCCCUCCGUUCCCUGCUUCCCCCCAUCCCAUUCCCUUCUUCCCCCCAUCCCUGUCCCUGCUUCCCCUCAUCCCCUUCCCUGCUCCCCCCUUUCUCCCUGUCCCCUUCUCCCUGUUUCAUGCCAUCGAAGACGAACCCGCCACCGCCACACCGCUCACGGAGCGGUACCUGCCCACUCCACUCUGCAAGAUGGGCUUCUCUUCUGGUGGAACUUUGAGGCAGCCUCUUGUCGACACUGCCUUCAGUGCGGCAGUGCAGCAUGGGCAGUGCGGCGUGGUGUGGGAGGAAGGGGGAAAGGCAGGCAGGGGCUGUGGCAGGAUAUGGGGACUGGCAGUGUCAGGGAGUUUGCCGCGGAGCGUUGAUGCAGGAGGGGAAGGCAGGCUGGCAGUAAUGAUGGCGGCAGCGCACGUCAAGGCUGGGCUGCGCUGCUGUGGGCUGGGGGAGUGCAGAGCGGUGCAGGGAAAGGCAGGCCAUGUUGCUGUGUGGCGGGCCGAGAGCCACAUGCUGCAGAAUACUGGCCCUAUUGCGGUUGCUGCUGACGUUUCUGAUUAUGCAAUUGGCAGUCUUGUGAGUGCAGCACUUCUGAGGUAA